GGCGUCUCCCAAACUGACAGCGCCGGCCUGCUCUGCUCCUCCGCCUGGAAGGUCGGGUCCCUCUCCGAUCCCUAUUCCUGUCUGAGAGUGAACCUCACCGUGCACAAUUCUUCUCCUGUCUCUGAUGAACCUAUUUCAGAUGAUUCUGAUGUGAAGAGUACACCAUCUUCAGAGGAAGCAAUGGAUCCAGCUGCUCUUACUGCAGCAACCUUGGACCUGGCUUCACAAGAGGUCACAGCAGAAGGAGAAGAGGAAGCUCUGGCCUAUGUUGAAGUUCAGCAGAGCUACAAGCAACAGAGUGUCAUCGAGGGAAUGAUGGCUGAGAUAGGCCCAAAUGAGCAAACUAGUCCAGUUCUUAAGGAACCGCUUGUGCCUAUGAGCACUGUACGGACUGAGGAGGUUGUGACUAUGACCCCUUCAGUCACCGAGGAGGCAUUGCUCACUUUGGACAGCCCUCAGGCAUCAGAAGUUGAUAUGUCUGGGCUAGAAGCAGCAAGCUUUGGAUUUGAAGAAAAACAAGUUAGUGAGGAAACAGGACCUCUUGAUAUGGGUCACACAAUUCUACUGACCUCGGAACAGUGUAUGGACCAGGAGCUGACUGAGAGCAUGGAGCAGGAAAUGGGAGAGCUUCUUCCUGAGGCCAUUGGAUCAUUGGGCUUGAUUGCUGGAGAUGAUACAGGUGAAUCAACAGAAAUGACCUUGACAGAAGGAAGUGUUCAAGAGGCUGAGUCUGACAUGGAAGCUACUGCAGACCUAAAACCAACUGAAGCCAGUGAGCGCGAGGAGAGACUGGGCGAUGCUGAGUUCAGAGAUUCACAUGACAAAGUCCAGCUUGCAGGUGACAAGUGUGAAGCAGCGAAUCAGGAGGAAGGGGUUGAAGCUCAUCAGCCACAGCCAUCCACUCAGGAUAGAGAAGUGAGCCCUGACCAACCACAAACACUGGCCUUUCAGAAAAGUGACCAUGAAGACCUGCCUGUGUCAGCAGUGAAAGCUCAACUACCUGUUGCAGGUGAAGAAGGAGCCAAAUCUCAGGCAGUCGGCCCCGAGAGCAAGACCAAGAGCUCCACACCUACAAAAAUCUCAAAAGCAAGGCCUCAGGCCUCUACUACUCCUAAGAGGCCUACUUCUGCCCGUAGCAACAAACCUUCCAGCCUUGUCUCCAUCCCCAAAAGACCUCAAUCUACUCCAGGCCAAGAUGGUACAGGAGCUAAGGAGCACAGAGUGAAGGUGCCAGAAGCAAGGAGGACUCCAGGAUCACAGGCACCAUCUGGCCUCAGAAUGCCAGGAAGCAUCGGCACAAAGACCCCACCCAAGUCUGCACCCACUCAGAAGGGAAGUCCUCACUCUCCUGAUGUCAAAAGAACAACAGGUGAAUCAGCUGCUAAAGGAGGUGGCAGUGGCAGUGGGUGCAGCAGUCCUGGUACCCCUGGGACCCCCGGAAGCCGUUCUCGCACACCUUCCCAGCAGCCUGCAGGAGCAACCAAAGAAGUGAAGAAAGUGGCCGUUGUGCGCACUCCGCCUAAGUCCCCGGCUGCUUCCAAGACACGGACUCCUCCUGUUGCUGUGCCCAUGCCUGAUCUGAAGAACGUCAGAUCAAAGAUCGGAUCAACAGAGAACAUUAAACACUCCCCUGGCGGAGGGAAGGUACAGAUCGUACACAAGAAGGAAGAUUAUAGCAGUGUGCAGUCCAAGUGUGGCUCUAAGGACAAGAUCAGACAUGUUCCAGGAGGAGGCAAUUUCAGGAGUAGGUUGAAUAUGGACCUUGUUCCUUCUCAUCUGCUUCGAUGAUAACAGUCUUGGAGUCUCAGCUUCACCGACAACUUUUGCUGGGUUCCCUGUCUUCAUGAUUGGAUCCAGUACAUAUAUAGUUUGUCCUUUCAGCAACUCAGGCUGGGAUGUAGCCAUGCUUGCUGAAAUGUUGACUUCCUUCUACCUGUGCAUUAGUGAGUUGUUGUCUUACUUCCUCCUGGUCAUUUGGAGGGAGUAUCUUGCUUGCUGAAGUUGUCUUUUACUUGCUGCCGUUCAGUAGCUCUGUAGGUGACUUCAUGUCAGUCUCAAGAGGGGUUGUUCGGAGUGACAAUAAAGCAAGUUUUGGACCUU